AUGACGAUUUAUGAUUCACAAUUCACGAUUCGCGCAAACUGGAGCGUAACCUGUUUCCUGUUUCGGGAACUGCAGAGUGAGGAUAAUGACAGUUACUCGACGGUAGAUCAGCAACAGCCACAAAACAAGGAAAGAAGAGAGAAAGACGAAGGGGAAUUUAAAUUACCUAGGCAAGGCAGGAAGAAGAAAGAGAAGGUGGAGAAAAAAACAGAAGAAAAAAGCAAAGUCGAGAAAACAGAGAAGGAUAACCCGAAAGAAGAGAACAUGGAAGAAGAAGUCCCCGACGAGGCGGACAGAGGAACGACGAAAAGAGCUAGAGUCAUAUAUGCCGCAAGUGACGAUAAAAAAAAAGCACAGCAAAAGAGGAAGCCCUAA